AUGGAUCAGCAACGAUUCCUGCAGCAAUUGCAGGUCAUCCUGGAUCCUGCCCAGGGUGACGUGAAGGAAGCGACCGGUGUCCUGCAGAAGGAAUUCUACGGCCAGCCUGAAUCCCUCGUUUUCCUCAUCCAGAUCGCCACUGCCCAUGAGAGCCAAGAGCUUCGCCAACUCGCGGCCGUCGAGGCUCGCAGCCUGGUUUCCAAGCACUGGCUCAAGGUUGCCGCCGACCAGAAGCCCCAGAUUCGUGAGCAGCUCCUGCGUUCCACUAUGGGCGAGAGCUCUUCUCUGGUCCGCCACUCCAUCGCUCGUAUCAUCUCAGCUGUCGCCAAGAUCGAUUUGAACGACGGUGAGUGGGGUGAUCUGCCCAACCUGCUCCUCCGCGCUGCCGAUAGCGGCAACCAGGAUGAGCGUGCCGUUGCCAUCUACAUCUUCUUCACCAUUUUGGAAACCCUGGGUGAGACUUUCGAGGAGAAGUUCGAUGACCUCUUCACCCUCUUCGGAAAGACCAUCCAGGAUCCCGAGAGCGCCGAGGUCCGCAUCAACACCCUUCUGGCUCUCAGCAAGCUGGCCAUGUACAUUGAGCCUGAGCUGCACCCUGCUCCUGUCAAGGCUUUCCAGAACAUGGUCCCCUCCAUGGUCAAUGUUCUGAAGGCUGCCAUCGAUGCCAGCGAGGAGGACCGUAUCAUGCAGGCAUUCGAGGUCUUCCAGACCCUUCUGGGCUGUGACCCCUCUCUCCUCACGAUCCACCUGAAGGACCUGGUUAUCUUCAUGAACGAGAUCGCCGCCAACACUUCGGCCGAUGAGGAUGUCCGUACCCAGGCCAUCAGCUUCCUCAUGCAGGUUAUCCAGUACCGCAAGAUGAAGAUCCAGGGUCUGCGUGUUGGUGAGCAGCUCACUCGCACUGCUUUGCACAUUGUCACCGAGCUCGAUGACGAUUCCUCCGCCGAUGACGAUAUCACCGCUCCUCGCUCCGCUCUGGCCUUCCUCGACUUGCUUUCUCAAAGCCUCCCCCCCGCCCAGGUUGUCGUUCCUCUGCUCCAGGCCCUUGGCCAGUACUUCAACAGCAACGACGCCAACUACCGCCGCGCCGGUAUCCUCGCUUUGGGUAUGUGUGUUGAGGGUGCUCCUGACUUCAUCAGCACUCAGAUGAAGGACAUCUUCCCCAUGGUCCUGCGCCUUCUCGCCGACCAGGAAUACAAGGUCCGCAUGGCUUCUUUGCACACUGUUGCCCGUUUGGCCGAUGAUCUGGCCGAGGACCUUGCCGCUGAGCACCAGGCUUUGAUGCCCCUGCUUUUCCAGAACCUUACUACUGCCAUCCAGGAGUACAAGGGUGAAGAGGAGGGCCCCAUCGUCGACAUCCUCAAGGCUGGCAUCAGCGCCAUUGACGCUGUUGUUGAUGGUCUUGAUGAGAACGACGUUGCCCCUUACCAGUCCGAGCUUGUCCCCAUUCUGCACAACCUUUUCAAGCACCCUGACUUCAAGAUCAAGUCCCUCGCUGCUGGUGCUCUUGGCUCCCUCGCCUCUUCUUCUGGCGACUCUUUCCUCCCCUUCUUCGACGACUCCAUGCACUUGCUGCAGGAGUUCGCCGCUGUCAAGGACAGUGAGGAGGAGCUCGACCUCCGCGCUAGCGUCACUGACGCCAUGGGCGAGAUGGCUGCUGCCGCCGGUCCUGAGCGUUACCAGCCCUACGUUGAGCCUUUGAUGCGCGCCACCGAAGAGGCCUUGGACCUUGGUCACUCCCGCCUCAAGGAGAGCACUUACAUCUUCUGGGGUGCCAUGUCCAAGGUGUACGGCGAGCACUUCUCCCCAUUCCUUGAGGGUGCUGUCAAGGGCCUCUUUGCUUGUAUCGAGCAAGAUGAGACCGAUCUGGAUGUCUCCCUUGGUGAGCACGGCAAGGAUCUUGUUGGCCAGGAAGUGACUGUUGCCGGCCACAAGGUCAGAGUUGCCAGUGCUGACGAUGAUGACGAGUUCGACGGCGAGAUCGAGGACAUCGACAUCGAGGAUGACGAUGAGGAUGCUUGGGAUGAUCUCACUGCUACCACUCCUCUCGCUCUUGAGAAGGAGAUCGCUGUUGAGGUUAUUGGUGACCUUGUUACCCACACCCGCAGUGCCUUCCUGCCCUUCUUUGAGAAGACCAUUGAGCAGGUUAUGCCCCUCGCUGACCACCACUACGAGGGUGUCCGCAAGAGCACCAUCAGCACCCUGCACCGCUCUUACGCUAUGCUGUUCGCCAUCGCUGAGGAGAAUGGUCAAAUGGCCAAAUGGCAGCCUGGCCUUCCCUUGCAGGUUCAGCCCGCUAAGGAGGUCCAGAAGUUCGGUGAGAUCCUCAUGACCGCCACCCUAAAGAUGUGGACUGAGGAGGAGGACCGUGCUACUGUCGCCGAUAUCAACCGCAACAUGGCCGAGAACCUCCGCUUCUGUGGUCCCGCUCUCAUCGCCGAUGAGAAGGUGCUUACCAACGUGAUCCACCAGAUCACUGACAUUAUCGGCAAGAAGCACCCCUGCCAGCAGGAGUUCGAGGACGAGGAAGAGGCUGGUGAUGAGACCUCCGAGUUCGACUGGGUCGUGAUUGACACUGCCCUUGAUGUCGUCUCUGGUAUGGCCUCCGCUCUCGGCCAGAGCUUCUCUGAGCUGUGGAAGGUGUUCGAGAAGACCAUCCUCCGCUUCGCUAGCAGUAGCGAGGCCCUUGAGCGCGCUACCGCCGUCGGUGUUCUUGCUGAGUGCAUCAACGGUAUGGGUGGCUCCGUUACCCCCCUCACCCCCACUCUUCUCAAGCUCCUCCUGCACCGUCUCGGUGAUGAAGACCCCCAGACCCGCUCCAACGCCGCCUACGCUGUUGGCCGCCUGGUCGAGCACUCCAACGCUGGCGACGAGCUUACCCAAGAGUACCCCGCCAUCCUCAGCCGCCUCGAGCAGUGCUUGCAGAUGAGCGUUUCCCGCCUGCAGGACAACGCCACUGGCUGUGUUAGCCGCAUGAUCCUCCGUAACCGUGAGGCUGUCCCUACCAAGGAUGUUCUGCCCGUCCUGGUUGACAUCUUGCCCCUCAAGAACGACUACGAGGAGAACGAGCCACUGUACCGCAUGAUCUGCCAGAUGUACAAGUGGGAGGAUGCUACCAUCCGCGAGCUCACCCCUCGCCUGUUGCCUGUCUUCCAGACUGUGCUGACUGGUGACGAGGACCAGCUUGAGGAUGAGCGCCGCGCUGAGCUCAUUGAGCUCGUCAAGUGGUUGAACCAGAUGCAGGCGGGCGUUGCCCCCUGGGUCGAGCAGCUGUAA